AUGGAAGUGUAUAUUGAUGAUGUAAUAGUGAAAUUGGCCGACUUCAGAACACACUUGGGCGACCUCGAGAAUGCCUUUGCUCGGAUGAAGAGGUACAAUCUUAAGACGAAUUCGAGUAAGUGUGCAUCCGGGGUAUCAACCGGGAAUUUAUUAGGUUUUCUGGUGCAUGAAAAGGAAAUAGAAGUGGAUGCCAACAAGGCCAAAGCAGUUCGAGCAGUUCGGUUGCCCCGAACAAUCAAGGAGGUUCAAAGUUUCUUGGGAAAGGUAAAUUAUUUGAGACGAUUUAUAUCAAAUGCCACGGGAAAACUAAGACCCAUUACCAAGCUGUUAAAAAAUAAAGCAGCCAAUUUGGUUUGGGGUUUUGAGCAACAUGAAGCAUUUGAGGCAAUUAAACAGGCAAUAGCAGAACCCCCUGUGUCGGUUCCUCCAAAAGUGUUCACUUGUACCCGAUUGGAGCAUUAUAUCCUGCCAAGGGAAACUGAAGUGGUCUCCAAAAUGGACUUGAAACCACUCAAAGUAAUGAAGGGUCAAGUGGUGACUGACAUAUUGACAGAAUUUACUAUAACUGAGUCUGAGGAUAAUGAACUAGUGCUUUAUAUAGGAACUAGUCCCUGGCGGAUGUUUUUCGACGGUUCUCGGGCAAACGGAAGAUCAGGGGCAAGAGUAAUUUUGAAGGGACCUGGCACGCAAGAGAUUAUGCUGCAACUACGGAUGGAGGAAGUGACCCACAAUUCGGCUGAGUAUGAGGCAUUGAUUUUGGGAUUAGAAAUGUUAGUGGCGAAGAACGUUCAACCGGUCGUCAUUUAUGGAGAUUCACAGUUGAUAAUUAACCAAGUUCUGGGAUGGUACAUAUGCAAUUACCCUCAUUUGCGUCAAUAUAGAGAUGUGGUGCAUCAAUUACUUUCUAGAAUUGCAGAAGUAACUGUCGAACACAUCCCAAGAGCAGAGAAUCAGCAGGCAGACGGUCUGGCCCAGGGUGCAUGCAGGCAGAUUAAUGUGGGAAAUAUUAAUAUGUCUGCAGACUAG